AUGUCUGAAAACGCCCCCACGCGAAGCCUGGAUGACAUCGACCUGGCAGCUCUGAGGGAUCCAGCAGGAAUCUUUGAGCUAGUUGAGGUGGUCGGCAAUGGGACAUAUGGGCAGGUUUACAAGGGCCGUCACGUGAAGACGGGCCAGCUAGCAGCCAUCAAGGUGAUGGAUGUAACAGAGGAGGAGGAGGAGGAGAUCAAAGCUGAAAUCAACAUGCUGAAAAAAUACAGCCACCACCGCAACAUAGCCACUUAUUACGGUGCCUUCGUCAAAAAGAGCCCACCAGGACACGAUGACCAGCUUUGGUUGGUGAUGGAGUUCUGCGGGGCUGGCUCAGUGACUGACUUGGUGAAAAACACAAAGGGUAGUUCUCUGAAAGAGGACUGGAUAGCGUACAUCUGUAGAGAAAUCCUAAGGGGCCUUUCCCACCUUCACACGCAUAAAGUCAUCCACAGAGACAUCAAGGGCCAGAAUGUUCUGCUCACAGAGAACGCAGAGGUCAAACUUGUUGACUUUGGAGUCAGUGCCCAGCUAGACAGGACUGUUGGGCGUAGAAACACCUUCAUUGGGACUCCUUACUGGAUGGCGCCAGAAGUCAUUGCCUGCGAUGAGAACCCAGACUCUACCUACGACUACAGGAGUGAUAUCUGGUCCUUGGGAAUUACUGCCAUUGAAAUGGCCGAAGGAGCACCUCCUCUGUGUGACAUGCAUCCAAUGAGGGCACUCUUCCUGAUUCCCAGGAAUCCUCCCCCAAAACUGAAAUCCAAAAAGUGGUCCAAGAAAUUUAUUGACUUUAUUGAAGCCUGCCUUGUGAAAACGUAUCCCAGCCGACCAUCCACAGAGCAGCUCCUCAAGCAUUCCUUCAUCAGGGACCAGCCUACUGAGCGCCAGGUUCGGAUUCAACUCAAAGAUCAUAUUGACCGGACACGCAAAAAAAGAGGAGAGAAAGAGGAGACAGAAUAUGAAUACAGCGGUAGUGAUGAAGAGGAUGAAAAUCGUAGCGAUGACAGAGAGUCAAGCUCUAUCCUCAAUGUGCCUGGAGAGUCAACCCUCCGCCGGGACUUCCAGCGUCUCCAGCAGGAGAACAAGGAGCGAUCAGAGGCGCACAAGAGGCAGCAGGCCCAAUUGGCCGCUCAGCGUAGGGACCCCGAGGAACACAAGAGGCAAUUGCUGCACGACAGACAGAAACGCAUUGAAGAACAAAAAGAGCAGCGUCGACGACUGGAAGAGCAACAGAGAAAGGAGAGAGAGAUGGUGAGGCAGCAAGAAAAAGGUCCCCAUCGGAGACUCGACGAUAUGAGACGGGAGGAAGAUAGAAGGUUGGCUGAAAGAGAACAGGAGUUUAUAAGACAUAAGUUAGAAGAAGAGCAGCGGCAACUUGAAAUCCUUCAGCAGCAGCUGCUUCAGGAGCAGGCACUGCUUAUGGAGUAUAAGCGUAAGCAGCUAGAAGAGCAGCGUCAGUCGGAGCGGCUGCAGAGGCAGCUUCAACAGGAGCAUGCUUUCCUGGUGUCUCUGCAGCAACAACAACAGGAAAAGAAGCCCCAACUUUACCAUUAUAACAAGAACCUAGAGCCCAACAACAAACCCACAUGGGCCCGCGAGGUGGAGGAGCGAAGUAAGCUUAACAGACAGGGCUCUCCAAAAAUCUGUACCACUGUCUCUGACACUGCCAUUCAGUCCCGCUCGGACUCGAUCAGCCAGUCUGGUGUGGGUCAGUCCGCUCAAACCCCCCCAAUGCAGAGACCCGUUGAACCUCAAGGUGGACAGGGCAAGUUCCAGAUGGCUCACUUGGUUCCUCUAAAGCCUUAUGCUGCCCCUGUCCCACGCUCCCAAUCUCUCUGCGACCAGCCUACUAAGACCAUGUCCGCAUUCCCUACCCAGGACCCCUCCCUCGCCCCCGUAGCCCGUCCUAUCCACUCCAGAGAGCUUGUGCGUCAGAACUCAGACCCCACUUCUGAGACCCCGGCACCGCAGGCACACCAAAUCAGGGAGGAUCGAGGGCCCUGGAUCCGUUUGCCAGAUGUGGAACUGCCACCUAAGAUUCCUCAAAGGACAGCAUCGAUUGCUACAGCUCUCAACACCAACCUGACUUCUGGCAUUCGGCAUCCAGUGAGAGCAAGCAAUCCAGAUCUUAGCCGAAACGAUCGCUGGGAGAGAGGUGACAGUAUUGGCAUGAUACCUAAUCUACCACAGACGGGCUCGUUGGAGAGGCAUCGCAUCCUCACUUCUUCCAAAAUGGAUUCACCCAUUCUGUCCCGUGAUAAUCGUCAAAAGCCAGGGGAGUCUCGCACAUCCUCUCGUCCAGGUCGUCCAGCUAGUUACAAGAGAGCCAUAGGAGAGGACCAUGGUCUCUUUGCCAAAGAGCGUGCUGAAGAGCAGCCAAGGCCUCCGGUGAAGGCCAAUGAUUACUCCUCUUCUUCGGAGAGCAGCGAGAGUAGUGAGGAGAGUGAAAAUGGAGAGGGAGUUGAAGAUGAAGAGAGUCCUACCGAUCGUCACAGGGACGCAGACACAGAUUCGGUUAACACUAUGGUGGUUCACGAAGAUGAGGGCGAGGAGGGAGAAGGAGAGCAAGCUGGAGGUUAUGGAGAUCAGACAAUGUUGGUGCAGAGGACUCCAGAGAAGCGGAGCCACAAUGGAUACACUAACUUGCCGGAUGUGGUGCAGCCCUCUCACUCCCCCACUGAUUCCGCCACACACUCUUCCCCUGGGAAGGACUCUGUGUAUGAUUAUCAGUCCAGAUGUUUGGUCAAGGCACCUGGCAAGUCCUCCUUUACCACCUUUGUGGAUCUUGGAAUGUACCAGACACCAGGAGGUACUGGGGAUAACAUCUCCGUUACCAGCUCAAGAUUUGAACAGCUAAAGAUGGAGGUGAGAAAAGGGUCUAUGGUGAAUGUGAAUCCCACCAACACACGGCCCCCAACCGACACACCUGAAAUCCGAAAGUAUAAGAAGAGGUUCAACUCUGAGAUCCUGUGUGCAGCGCUUUGGGGUGUGAACCUGUUGGUGGGAACAGAGAAUGGUUUGAAGUUACUCGACCGCAGCGGGCAGGGCAAAGUUUAUCCGCUCAUCAACUCGCGCAGGUUCCAGCAGAUGGAUGUUUUGGAGGGUCUUAACCUGCUCAUCACCAUUUCAGGCAAGAAAAACAAGGUGCGUGUUUACUACCUGGCCUGGCUGAGGAAUAAGAUCCUCCACAAUGACCCUGAAGUGGAAAAGAAGCAAGGCUGGACCACUGUGGGCGAGAUGGAGGGCUGUGUGCACUAUAAAGUCGUGAAAUACGAGAGGAUAAAGUUCCUGGUGAUUGCUUUGAAGAAUGCUGUGGAAGUAUAUGCUUGGGCACCCAAGCCUUAUCACAAAUUCAUGGCCUUUAAGUCCUUUGCAGACCUCCCACACAGGCCUGUCCUUGUUGACCUGACUGUAGAAGAGGGUCAGAGGUUAAAGGUUAUCUACGGUUCCUGUGCCGGCUUCCAUGCCAUCGAUGUGGACUCUGGGAACAAUUACGACAUUUACAUCCCGGUUCAUGUAAGUUGCGCAGCUUUCAAGUCGUACCACAGAUUGGAAUUUGGCUUUGCUGGUGAACAGAUCCAGAGCCACGUGACUCCGCACGCAAUCGUGUUCCUGCCCAGUUCUGAUGGCAUGGAGAUGCUUCUGUGCUACGAGGAUGAGGGCGUCUACGUCAAUACGUAUGGACGCAUCAUAAAGGAUGUGGUCCUGCAGUGGGGAGAAAUGCCCACAUCUGUUGCUCAUAUCUGCUCCAAUCAGAUCAUGGGUUGGGGAGAAAAAGCCAUUGAGAUCCGAUCUGUGGAAACUGGCCACCUGGACGGCGUCUUCAUGCACAAGAGAGCUCAAAGGCUUAAGUUCCUUUGUGAGAGGAAUGACAAGGUGUUUUUCGCUUCAGUGCGAUCGGGAGGAAGCAGCCAGGUGUACUUCAUGACCUUGAACAGGAACUGCAUCAUGAACUGGUGA